AUUCUAUAUGAUUUUGUCGCUUACCAGUGUUUAAUUUUUUACCAAAAAUUUUCGCGAACUUUUUUGUCUUCCCGCGAAAACCAAAGCAGGAGGUUGAUACCAGGUGCCUGAAUUAGCUGGCAUUCUUGUGUAGGCAGGUAGGCCUAGGCCCUAAACCCAGCUGAGGCCGUGCUGCGGAAGAAUCAGAAGAGACAAAUUAUUUUUACGUUAUGGACAUCACACAAGCUGACCACUCGGAUGACAGUGACUUUGAAGAUGGUCGGGGGAAAAGAAGACCCAAACAUGAUGGGAUUGGAAAGAAAAGUAAGAAGCAUAAGAGUAAACAUCGGACGGAAUCGGAGAUGGAGAUGGUCGGUGAGCCAGUCACACUGUUUGAGAUUGUCAGACAAGGCAAAGGGGCCCUCCAGACUGUUGUCGAUGAGUGGAUCGAAGGCUACAAAUCCAACCGAGACACUGCCCUCUUGGAUCUCAUCAACUUCUUCAUUCAAUGCUCAGGAUGCAAGGGCACCGUUACCUUGGAGAUGUAUUCCAACAUGGAGCAUAGUGACAUCAUCAGACGCAUGACCGAAGAAUUUGAUGAGGAGAGUGGUGAUUACCCACUGAUAAUCAACGGCCCCCUCUACAAGAAAUUCCGCCAGAAUUUCUGCGACUUUAUCUCCGUCUUGGUCCGUCAGUGCCAGUACAGUAUCCUGUAUGAUCAGUUUAUGAUGGAUAACAUCAUCUCGUUACUGACAGGUCUGAGUGACUCCCAAGUCCGAGCCUUCAGACACACCAGCACGCUAGCAGCCAUGAAGCUGAUGACCUCACUUGUUAACGUUGCCCUCAAUCUGAGUGUCAACUUAGACAACACGCAACGGCAGCACGACACAGAGCGUGCCAAACAGACAUCCAAGCGUGCUAGCGAGAGAAUCGAGAUGCUCUUGGCCAAGAGACAGGAAAUCAUUGAAAACACCGAAGAGGUCCAACAGAUGAUGAAUAACAUCUUCAAGGGGAUCUUUGUCCACCGCUACCGUGAUACCCAACCAGAAAUCCGCUCCAUCUGCAUGGGAGAGAUUGGCCUGUGGAUGAAAAACUACAGCGAGAUGUUCCUGAGUGACAGUUACCUCAAAUACAUCGGCUGGACACUCCAUGACAAGGUUGGCGACGUUAGGCUGAAGUGUCUUGCUGCUCUGCAGACUCUCUUUAGCAUUACAGAACUUGUUCCCAAACUGGAGCUGUUUACUAAUCGCUUCAAGGAUCGCAUCGUUUCCAUGACACUGGACAAGGAGACAGAGGUUGCUGUCCAUGCCAUCAAACUCACCACACUUAUUCUGAAAUACAACGAUGAGAUCCUUUCUGCUGAAGACUGUGAGAAUGUCUACCAGCUAGUCUAUGCCUCCAGCCGCUCUGUUGCCCAGGCAGCUGGGGAGUUCUUGAAUGAGAGACUAUUCAAGAGAGAGGACCCAGAAAGCAGUAAGGCCAAACGGACCAAGCGACGUAGUGCCAACGCUCCGCUCAUCAAGGAUCUGGUGCAGUUCUUCAUAGAAAGCGAGCUCCAUGAGCAUGCAGCUUACCUGGUGGAUUCUCUGUGGGAUAUCAACGACAUGGUUAGAGAUUGGGAUUGUAUGACUGAGCUCUUGCUGGAGGAACCUGGACGAGGAGAGGAAGCUUUGGAUGAUCGCCAGGAGACGGCAUUGAUUGAGAUCAUGGUGAGUGCUGUCCGCCAAGCAUCUCAGGGUCAUCCACCAGUCGGUCGUGGUUCUGCCAAGAGGCAGCAGAUGCUAACAAGUAAGGAGAAGAAGACAGUACAAGACGACAGGAUGAAACUCACCGAACAUUUCAUUGUCAAGCUGCCGGAGCUCCUGUCCAAAUACAAGGUGGACUGGGACAAGGUUGCCAAUCUGCUGGAGAUUCCUCAGCAUUUUGAGGUUGAGAUUUAUACCACUAGCCGUCUUGAGAAGCAUCUGGAUGCCCUGUUACGAGAGAUGAAGGAGAUUGUAGAGAGACAUACUGAAAGUGAGGUUCUGAAUGCGUGUUCCAAGACCUAUGAAUGCCUGAUGCGAGAGCAGUAUAGCAUUACUCCCAAGGUUGAUGUUGCUCGCAGCACGCUUCUUGAUAGCAUCGCUGAGCGCUUCCGUCUCAGCUAUGAUGUGUUCCAAACCAUGAAUCAGCCCAGCGAGGAUGAGAUAUACGCACUUUCCUCAAGCAUCAAGAGGAUUACUGCCUUUUUCGUCUGUCAUGACUUGACCCCCUGGCAACUCUUUGACAUGCUUUUUGGUCUUGUCAAGAAGUCCACUGAACGAGGAGACCUGCCAGAGUCAAUCUUUACCAACGCCAUUGCAUGCACCCACUACUCGCUGCUCUGGGACCUGACUAGACUCAACGAACACAACCCUGAGAAGGCUGAUAUGCUGAAAUUACGGAAGCGUACCAGCGAAAUCGUCCGCACCUGCUCCAAACUUCUCCUGGAUGGCAGUGAUGGUAUCAGGGAAGAAGGUUUCAUUACUAUCUGUGAUCUCCUGAUUGUCUUUGGCAAGCAGAUAGCUGCCAAUGCUGUCCUGGCACCACUCAUCUAUGAUCCCAACGCCAAUCUGCAGAACAUGCUGUCAGAUUUUGUCCAGGAGCAUGUGUUCAUCGAAGAAGAGGAGGACGACGAUGAUGAAGAAGGAGACGAUUCCCACAAGAUUGAGAUCCUACAUAAGAGACGCAAUCUCCUUGCAUCCUUCUGUAAGCUCAUCGUCUUCAAUGUUAUUGAGAUGCGAAAUGCUGCUGGCAUCUUCAAACACUACAUGAAGUAUUACAAUGACUAUGGAGACAUCAUCAAGAUGACCCUGGCCAAAUCAAGAGAGAAUAACAAGAUUGCCUGUGCUCAAACCUUGGGCCUCAGUCUUACACAGCUGUUCCGAGAUGUGAAGAGUGAGGAGGGGUAUGAUGAGAGUCGCACAUCUGCCCAGCUGACUGCUAUCAAAGAGCUAGCUCGGAGAUUCUCACUCACCUUUGGCCUAGAUCAGAUCAAGACGAGAGAUGCUGUGGCUGCACUCCAUAAGGAGGGCAUUCACUUCAGCCUUACCCCCAUGGAAGACACUAACAACCCUGAGGGUCCGCCACCUAACAUUGGUUACCUGGAGAUCCUGGCAGAGUUCACCACUAAACUCAUGAAGAUGGACAAGAAGACAGUGUUAACGUACCUGGAGAAGAACCUAAAGGAAGGCAUGUUAGCCAGGGAGGAGGCAGAAUGGGGACCACUGCGCAUAUACCGCAACAGUCUGCUACAGGAUGCACCGGGAGGAGAACAAACCAGCAAAGCACACAAACAUAUGAAGAAACAUCGCAAAGGAGGCAUGAAACGCAAACUGGCUAUGCAGGGGGCGGAAGAAGGAAACGAGAGUCACUGGAUGUCCAAGCAACAUCACAUGGUGGGGCAUCACGGUAUGAUGAAGCGCCCUCGCAUGGAAGAAGAAAUCUCAUCUACACAGGGCUCGGAGCGUGACUUUGAAGGUGAACCAGUUUCCCAGUCAUCCACAGUGUCCUGGUUACGCAGCCAAUCCAAGAGCAAAAAACGAGCCCGAAACACCCGGAGUUACUCAGGAGUAGCCUUCCGCACAAGAUCGGGGGCCAGGCAUCCUCAUCAUCAUCACGUCGAAGAGGAAGAUGAAGAUGAAGAGGAGGAAGAGGAGGAAGACGAAGACGAUGAAGAAGAUGAUGAAGAUCAAGAGGAUGAUUUCCAAGAGGGACAGGCCAUGCAAGUACUUAAGACUAGGGCUGAGAGCACCCCCGUGCAAAGUAACCUAGUCCAAGAUCAAAAGAAAGUUAAUAUAAGACAUGCCCCACCACGGAACAAACCACCAGUAAUUGUGGGGGUGAUGGAUAAAUCAGUUGAAGAUGAUGAAGAUGAGCCAGAAACUAGACAACCAUCGAAAAAAUGGAUAAGAAUGCAGGGAAACAAGGGAAAAAAGUCUGCGAGUCAAAACCCAAACAGGCGGAGGAGAAAAGUAAUCCUGCCAGAUCUGUUUGAAGAAGAGCCUCCAGAUAUACAAGAUGAAUCCUCUGAAGAGAUGCAGAUGGGCCCAUUCUGAUGAUGUUGCUUCUCUACUUUCUGAUCAUGAGUCAUCGUCAAUCAAAAACAAGACCGUCUCCUCCAAUCAGGGAAUGAGGCAGACCAGUUUAAUCAAUUGUUGAUUCGUUUUCUUUUAGUACUUUUUGAUUUUAUUUAAAGUUUAUGCCAUGCGUACAAGAAGCUAAAUUGUUUACCUUGGUUUUCCAGUCAUAGAAUGUAAAUAGAAUUUGUCAAGUCAGACGUCAUGGUAAAAUGCCCAACAUUUUAUUAUCUGAUAAAUCUUGAAGUGCUUUUGCAAAGCAUUUUCAGCCCUUUAAAAGAGUUCCCAAGGCUCCAAUUGAUCCCAUUUCUAGUAUUCAAACUGCUUGUUCAUGUCUGUGAUUACGUAAAUGGUGAAAGCAUUGACACGCAUUUUGAUUUUAACACCAGAUAUGAAAAAAACAAUUGAACCAGAAUUUGUUGUUCCUUUUUGGUACACUGUGUAAAUACAUAUUGUUUUAGCAAUUCAUUUUCAUUAAGCUUUCCUUAAAAGUGUGGAGAUUGCUUGGGUACCUUUAAAUGUUGGUUUAUAGAUUGUUAUGUCCAACAUGUUGUUUUAAAUUAUUCCAGUUUUAACAUGUAUCUGAAAAUUGUUCUCCUAAUGUGCACUGUAUCCUGAAUUUGUUGAUGUGUUUCUGUUUUAAACUUGUUUGUAACUGUAAAUAAUUGACUUUGUCCCGGACACAUUCCUCAUGGUACGGUUGGAAUUUGGAUAAAAUUAUGCCAGUUUGGUCACAGUCGUUGCCGAGUCAGAAAUUAUUGUUGGCAACUCAUGCUCAUUAGAAAUAAAGAUGUAAAAAGUGCCCCAGA